GAAUCAAAAAGGAAGAGAAAGUUCUGUAGGGAAUGCAGCAGAGAGAUGAGAAGACCUUCGCAGCAGGCAACGCUUGAGCUGUCUGGACGAGCCAAGCGGUGCAUUGGCGGCCGGAAUUGCCACCGGAAACACGUCGAAGACGGGUGAUUCAUCAAAACACCACCAAACGUCCUCGGUGCUCUCUUUUCCUUAUCUGUCUGUUAUCAUCAGUCCAGCACUGCGCUGUACUGUACUGUACUAUUUCAAAUUCAGUCGUUUUAAAACUCUGUAUGUUAAAAUGGGAUCCGCCGAAAACUCCAGUCCGACUUUGCUUCACGGAAAAUACGAGCUCGGCCGGUUGUUGGGCCACGGAACUUUUGCCAAAGUCUUCCUCGCCCGCCACCUUCACACCGGCAAACAUGUGGCGAUAAAAGUCGUCGGCAAGGAAAAGGUGAUUAAAGUCGGCAUGAUGGAGCAAAUCAAGCGAGAGAUCUCAGUGAUGAAUAUGGUGAAGCAUGAAAACAUCGUUGAACUUCACGAGGUUAUGGCGAGCAAAUCCAAGAUCUAUUUCGCCAUGGAGCUGGUUCGCGGCGGCGAACUCUUCAACAAAAUCGCCAAAGGUCGGUUAAGGGAAGAUUUGGCUAGAGUCUACUUCCAACAGUUGAUUUCAGCCAUCGAUUUUUGCCAUAGCCGCGGCGUUUAUCACCGAGAUUUGAAGCCUGAAAAUCUUUUGCUAGACGAAGAUGGGAACCUAAAAGUUACAGAUUUCGGGCUCAGUGCUUUCUCGGAACAUCUGAAACAGGAUGGAUUGUUGCAUACGACUUGCGGCACGCCAGCCUAUGUGGCGCCGGAAGUCAUAGGAAAAAAAGGGUACGACGGAGCUAAGGCGGAUAUUUGGUCUUGUGGGGUUAUUUUAUAUGUUCUUCUUGCAGGAUUUUUGCCAUUCCAGGACGAUAAUAUUGUGGCCAUGUAUCGGAAAAUUUACAGAGGAGACUUCAAAUGUCCGCCGUGGUUUUCUUCUGAAGCGAGAAGACUGAUCACAAAGCUUCUUGAUCCAAAUCCAAAUACAAGAAUUUCCAUCUCAAAAAUAACGGAAUCAUCCUGGUUUAAGAAGGCUGUGCCGAAGAACAUCAAAUCCAGCAACAAACAAGAGCAAGAUUUUGAAGCUGAUGAGAUAAGCUAUGGUGAGAAAUCAAAGCAGCCCGAAACGUUAAAUGCUUUUCAUAUAAUUUCUCUGUCAGAAGGGUUUAAUUUGUCGCCGUUGUUUGAGGAGAAAAAGAGGGGGGAGAAAGAGGAGUUAAGAUUUGCCACAACAAGGCCAGCAAGUAGUGUGAUUUCUAGGCUAGAAGAAGUGGCAAAAAAUGUGAAAUUUAAUGUGAAAAAGAGCGAGUCAAGAGUGAGAUUACAAGGCCAAGAGUGUGGACGAAAAGGGAAACUGGCCAUAAAUGCUGAUAUCUUCGCCAUGACGCCGUCGUUUCUGGUGGUGGAAGUGAAGAAAGACAAUGGUGACACCUGGGAAUAUAACCAGUUCUGCAGCGAAGAGCUCCGGCCAGCACUUAAAGACAUUGUUUGGAUGUCAACUUAAGAAAAAAAAAUCUCCGAAGUGGCAAGAAGAAGAACAAGAAGAAGGAGGAGGAAAUUAGUGAUUGUUAAUAAUUAUGUGUCUAAUUAGAUUAUUAUUAUUAUUGUUAAAGGCAAAGGCCAUAUGGGGAUCUUUCUUUCAUCAUAAAGGGUUGUUAUUGUUAUUAUUAUUUUUUGUUGUGUGUUUUGGGAAAUUUGGUGUUUGUUGUGGGUGGGUUGUGGCACAAAUUAUUGUUCUUAUUUGUGAAUUUAUGGCAACUUUUGUCUUCAAUGUUA